GGAUGUUGGGAAUGUUUUUGUUCUCUGGCCUGUACAUGUGGGUGACAGAGGUUUAAAGGCUGAGUAACCACUGACAGGGAAUGCACUCUGUUAUAUUUUGAGAACUGUCAAUAGUUGAAAUACUAUGGGUGCUCUGUAAUCUAUUUAUAAAUGGGCAUUUCAGCAUAGAUAUAGUAAUCUGUGCUGCCAGGUUAAUCUGGUUUACAGCCAAUGAAUUAUGCUGGAAACAAUUUAUAUAAAAAAUGUUUGACAAUAAAACACAUUGUGUUGUGGUUGUACUAUUGUACACAAAGGUCAGAGGUGUGUACAUGCGACGGAUCUUCCCGAAACGUUCCUCACGGAGUAACCCGCCAAAUGAGCCAAUCAGAGCCCUCGUUUCAUCGCAGGUACCCGGAUGUACCCGUGGGGCAAUUAGCUACGUCAUUGUUCACCGCCGGACACCCGCUGGAAAUAAGGAAUGGAUUUACAACCGAUAUUAACGUAUUAAUAACAGAUUACAGCAAUGAACAAUGACCAUAGUUGACAGAUCUUCAGAAAAGUCUGACCACAAGUCAGUCGGGUGUAAGCGAUCUCCCUUCACCAGUGGUGACGUGGGGAUGGACGGCAGCUGUUCCAGCAGCUGGGCAGUGGGAGCCACCAUGCCCAGUGACUCUCCGAGGCUCAAGGCUUCAGGGGGCUGCCUGGGCCCAACGCCUGGAGCCGCAGUCUACAACAGUACCCCCUCCUCUGUGGACCGGCCUAAGGAGCAAGUGAUAAGCAGUGAUGAUGGCAUUGACUUGCCCCAGAAGGUCCUCUUCCCUCCAGAGCGGCUCAACCUGAAGUGGACCCAGGUCCACCGCAUUGGUGCGGGCUUGCAGAACAUGGGAAACACUUGCUUCCUCAACUCAGCCCUACAGUGUCUCACCUACACCCCUCCAUUUGCCAACUACAUGCUGACACGUGAGCACUCCAAAACGUGUCACGAGCCGGGGUUCUGUAUGAUGUGCACCAUGCAAAAUCACAUCAUUCAGGUUUUUGCCAACUCUGGGAAUGUUAUAAAGCCCAUUGGUGUGCUCAAUGAGCUCAAAAGGAUUGCAAAGCACUUCCGCUAUGGAAGCCAGGAGGAUGCCCAUGAGUUCCUGCGAUACACAGUGGAUGCUAUGCAAAAGUCCUGCUUACCUGGAACCAAAUUGGACAGGCAAACGCAGGCAACCACUUUCAUUCAUCAAGUUUUUGGCGGAUAUCUAAGGUCCAGAGUUAAAUGUUUAAACUGCAAAGCAGUCUCUGAUACAUUUGACCCUUUUCUGGAUAUUACUCUGGAAAUUAAGACGGCUCCCAGUGUCUCCAAAGCUCUCGAGCAGUUUGUCAAACCCGAACAGCUGGAUGGAGAAAACGCCUACAAGUGCACCAAGUGCAAAAAAAUGGUCACAGCCUCAAAGAGAUUUACCAUCCACCGCAACUCCAAUGUGCUCACCCUCUCACUCAAACGCUUUGCAAACUUUAGUGGAGGCAAAAUCACAAAGGAUGUGAAAUAUCCAGAGUAUCUGGACCUGCGUCCCUUCAUGUCUCAGUCCCAAGGGGACCCCCAGGUCUACGGGCUGUAUGCUGUGCUGGUCCACUCUGGAUUCAGCUGUCAUGCUGGACACUACUUCUGCUAUAUUAAGGCAAGCAAUGGGCAGUGGUAUCAGAUGAACGACUCCUCCGUGUCUGUCAGUGACAUCAGGUCUGUUCUCAACCAGCAGGCCUACGUCCUCUUCUACAUAAAGUCCAGUGAUGUGAAGAAUGCAGGGGACUACAGCCACAUGAGCCAUAACCCAGGCAUCCCUGGUCAGUCAUCUCCACGUCCAGUGGUGAUACCACGCAUCAACACCACUGUCCACCACAACAACAUUGGUUUCAUAGGUCCCCAGCUGCCACCACACAUGAAUAAGAGCACUCUCCACGUUAAUGGGAAUGGAUCUCUGAGGGACUAUCCAACUAACUCCAAGCCCAGCACCAGCAGCAGUGUUGUGGGAAAACCUAGUCAUGGACCAGCCUCAUCCACUUCUUCCAUAUCUCACUCAAUCAGCCGGCCCACAAUGAUCCCAGAUCAUGACAAACGGCAGAAGCUUUCAUUCUUUAUUGGACAAAGCAAACAGAACCGCCCGUCCUCGUCCUCUUACAGCCAGCCGUCCUCUGCCAGUAGCAGCUCCUCCUCCAGCUCUCUGUCAUCCUCACAGUCUACCUCAGACGUCCACUCAGACAUUCGCUUUGUUCCACGUCAGCUUCACCGCGUUAACGGCACGUCUUGUAGUAACGGGGAUCACCGCACCGGAGGCAAUGGAGCGUCAUUCUUGGUGCCGUACGGCCAAGAGUCUUCAGAGGAAUCGGACCAGGAGAACGGGGGCACUCUGGAUAAUGGCCGUUUAGCCAAGUCUCACCUUAAUGGAAACAACAGAGCAGGAGAGGUCUUGGAUAAUUCUCUUAACGCCACCAACGGAGAGUCGGGAGUGCACCACAAUGGUAACGGAUUAAAUGGAUCAACCCAUGGCGUCUCUAAAUCCAGUCAAAAUGGGCACCAUUAUGGACACCACAAAGUGAAUGGACACAAAACUCCUGAUAAAGUCUCUGGCAGUAGUCAUAGCAGUUCAUCCUCAGUGGCUUCUGUUGCUGCUAAUGGGCUAGACAGCGACCAUAGUGAAACAAGCAACGAGGCACACACUUCUGUCUCAUCCCAGGCCAGUUCUUCUCAGAGCAUCCAUCCUGCUGCUAGUGAAAGCCUGCACCUCUCCACUCCUGACACAAGGGCUACAACUGUGUCUGAACCCCGGCCUCAGCUUACUGCCACCUCCACUCUUAGCUCUCCACCUUCAGCCACUGCUACAAAGACCCAUUGUGUCACAUCUAGAGAAUCUGCUUCCUCUUGCCCCGCGGCCUUAUCCAUCCCGCCAGACUGCUCUCAAGGCACCAGUGGGGCCUCUGCAGCUCUACAGAAUGUUAGUAAAAGUGGAGAUAAAGCAAUGGAUCUACCACAGACCAAUGAUCCGUCAGCAGGGACUGAAAGACGUACAGAUGUUAAGGAGCAACACCAGUCCAAGCCCAGUUCUAGAGGCAAUGACGGACAAAAUUCCCGUGACAAGGAGAGAGACAGACUGUACUCUGACUGGAGCAGAGACAAGGAGAGACACUACAGGGACAGGAGUCAGGAACGAGAAAGUGACAGUGACCGUCAUCGGUACAGACGGGACUAUCGAGAUCAUCAGCGCCCCUCAUACAGGGAUCGUUUACCUCCUCACGAUCGUAACUACAGGGACGGGGAGUCUGAGCGUCGCUGGGUGCGACCUGUUCACCAUCCCAGGGAGCGUGAUCGUGACAGGUGCUCUCACCAUUACCACUACUAUCACUACCAGCGGUCCAGAGAGGACAGGGGCCGUGGGCGGAGGGGGCACAGUUAUCUCUACCGUGACGAGUCUCGUAGUCGGUCUAGGUGGCAGGAGGAGAGUCGAGAAUCCCGGGGGGUAAAGGACAAGAGCAACGGCAGGGAAAGGGACUAUUACACGUCAAAGGAGGAGGCGUCCUCGCCUGCCACAGUGCCAGAAACCUCCACAAAGUCCAAGGGCUCGCCCUCUCGAGCUCGUCUCUCCACGUCUGAAUCUGCUCCAAACAGGGAGGAUCAGAAUCACAAGAGGACUACUAACCCCCUGAGCAAGGACAGGGAGGACAGCUCUGAGGCCUGUCGCUCUAAAAAACACAAAAAGAGCAAGAAAAAGAAGAAGUCAAAGGACAAAGAGCGACACCGUGAGAGUGGAAGCUCCGAUGUGGAUUCAGACAGAGCCACUGAAACAAAAAAGAAGAAGAAAAAGAGGAGGCAGCGGGACAACGAAGCCGAGCAGCACAGCCCAAGAGCAGCUCGGAAGAACGGAAGCAGUGAGGAGAAGGAGAGCCGCAAGCGACAUUACAAUGACAUCAAGGACACUAAACAUGACAAUGGUCUUUCGCUAGAAAAGCGCCGGCGCACAGACUAUGCUGAUGGCAGCAGUGACCGUCUGCUGCCCUCCCACCACACCUCGCCCACAAAUGGUUCAACUCACCGCCAUGUCAACGGAUACACAGGAAACGGUUACAGUCAGACCAAUAGCGACUCCCUCAGAUUCUCCAGUGGCUUGAAACACUGACUCUACGAAUCAACACCAUUUUAACAACAGCAGAGGAAUGACAUCAACAACUUUUUGACAUGGUGCUUCUUCACUGGGAAUAUAUUGUAUUUUUACCACAACUAAAGUGUUUUAAAUGGUCAGAAACCUUUUUUUUAUGCAUUUAUUUGUUUGCCGUUAUUCUCCUAACUAUGGUUAAAAGAAAAAAACUGUCACCUGUCACAGUUAUGAUGAAAAAUAUUAAUAUAUACUUGUAUGAACACAAACAAAGCCUGGAGCUUAAACAUCUCAGCUGCUGCUCAGUGGAACUCAGGACUUGAAAACUUGUUAACACCCAUCACGGAUAUCCACCUGCUUCAAAUCAGAAUGAAACAAAAGGGAAAUGUGUUUGCCCAAGAGAAGAACUGUGAGGCUUUAUUUGGGCCGCAAGUUUAAGAUGUCACCAUAUCUACAGAGCCGCGGCAUUUUUUUGUUUUUUUUGUUUUUUUUUAUCCCACCAGGAGUGAACAAACCAAUGGAGGGAGAUAUAUUCUUGAAUGAGACGGACGAGUGCAGUGGUGGGAGCAAGGCGUCGCUGACUGAUACCUCCACAUUAACCCUGGACAGACUUGAGGACAUUUCCCAGCAUUUUUAAUUUGUUUGUUUGUUUCCAUUUUGCUCUGGAGCCUAAGAUUCACUCUCUAAUUUUUAAACUUUUUCACAGAUGUGGAGGUUUUUGUUUAGAUCAUGCCCCUCUCAUCUCUCUCACUUUUCUUUUGUUUUAAACGUUAAAAAAAAAAAAAAAAGCAUACAGAAAUUUGUUAUCAUGGCUGUGGACCAUUUGUGUUUGCUUUUUAAUGAAAAAUACAGUUUGACUUCUAGCAUCAUAAAAAAAAUACUGUGAAUUUAAUUUUGAACUGUACUAUCAGUUACUUUUAUAUGUAAAAAAAUCCUGUAUCAGGGUUAUCAGUAGAUGUUUUGUUGUUUUGCUUCGUUUUUAGAAAUCCCCAUGUUAAUUUUGGACCAUAUUCUCUGGACUAAAGUCGCUAAUGAGUAUGGUUUGUUUUGUUUUUUGAUUUUUAAACUUUAGGCAGAAGUUGAAAAACUGCUGUUACAUCUUUAGUUUAGCAUGUCAGAAUUUAUACAUUGUAUAAGGUAAAAGCCUUAAAAUACAUUUGUUAAUGUCAGAAAUUGUAAUUUGUUCUUGGUCUUUUGACUUUGUUUACAAGCUGCAUUGAAAUGAAUGAAAAAUGCUGAUUGAGAUGA